AUGCGAGCCGUGGCCUCAGCCUUACUCAAGUUUGCUGCCUCGAGCAUCCUUUUCUCUCACCUCUCCCUCGCAGGCCCGACCGACCCCGCGUACUGCGCCAAAUGCGAAGAAAGCGCCCCGGGAUUCGCGUCGCUCAACGGCGGCACCACCGGUGGCAAGGGCGGGCCCAUCGUGACCGUGACGACACACGCUGACCUCAAGGCCUACGCCGGGCUGGACGGACCGUACGUGAUCCGCGUGGACCGGACGCUGGUGUCCGAACCGUUUGGGUAUGAGAUCCCCAUCAAGAGCCAUAAGACCAUCAUCGGCGUGGGACGGGCGGGAAAGAUUACCGGCGGGGGUUUGACUGUGAAGAAUGAGAGGAACAUUAUCAUUCGGAAUCUGGAGAUUUCGGGGACGUACAAUCCGGCGGACUACGAUGGGAAGCAGAACGACUUCGAUGGCGUCCAGGUCGACGGCGGGACGAAUAUUUGGAUCGACCAUUGCAAAUUCACCCAAAUGUGGGACGGCCUCCUCGAUCUCCGCAAGGACACCAACUACGUGACCGUCUCCUUCACCCAGUUCUCCGAGCACAACAAAGCCUUCGGGAUCGGCUGGACCGACAACGUCCUCUCGAAAAUGACCAUCCACGACAACUUCUUCCACAGCACCAACCAGCGCAACCCCAGUGCCGAUAACCUCCAGCACUGCCAUAUGUACAAUAACUACUUCCGCAACCUGACCGCCUACGGCACCUACGCCCGCGGCGCCACCCAGCUCCUCGUUGAGGCCUCGUACUACGAGGACGUGAACGAUCCGCUCCAUGCGGACGCGACCGCGGCCAUCCGGAGUAAUCAGGUGCGGUUCAAGGAUUGUCGCGGAAAGCGGGAGGUGAGCGCGCGGCCGGAGAAGGUGUUUAAGGCGAGUGAUUUUUAUAGUUAUCAGUUAAAAAACCCGGAUGAUCUGCCGAGGACGGUGCCGGGUGCGGUGGGGCCGAGUCCGGAGAUCGGAAUAUGGACGAGUGGGUGGAGAGAUAGGUAG